AAAAAAAAAAAAAAUAUGAGUUCUAUUCUAAGUGUUUUGCCUAAAAUCAGUUGUCCUUGUUUUUCUAAAUUCAAAGGCCUGACCUUGAUUUGAUGGCCACGCCUCUGCCUGACUCACCAUCCUGACUCCUUUUCUCUAUCCUUCCCAUGUCAACAGUUUUUUUCCCUCCUUUGGUCCAUUCCUGCCCGGUCCUCCACCUCGCCUUGUUCAGUGUUGGUGCUUGUCUCCUCAAGCCUUGGUCCCCCCAUCCUCUGAGUGGUUAUAUAUCACAGGUGCCUGCUGGCUUUCCCAAGUUGGGACACACAGCACUCAGCAGGGGCUCUGCCACCCGACCUGUCAUCUUCAGCUCAGCUCUCCUGCUCCUAAUGGGUUCAAAGGAAGCUUCUUUCUAACACAUUACAAAGAGAUGUUCAUUGACUGUAGUUCAUCUCCUGGCCAGAGCUGAGUGUUGUAGAGGGUAUGCGUUUUAACUCAAUUGUAUUAGAAUACUUUUGAUACCUUGGGAGAUUUCUUGUAAUAUGUUUUUUUCCAGUUACCUUUAUUUUACUUAAGAUAUCAUUAACUCUGUUAGGCUCUUGCCUAUAUUUUGGUUCAAAUUUGAAUUUUCUAUAUUUUUUUGAUAAGUGCUACAGGAGAAGAUAUUCCUUCAUAUGAUUUUGGAACUUGAAUAAAGCGAAUAAAGAUUGUUUCAUGGGCACUGGAGAUAAUAACCAGUCAGGCAGUUAAAAAAAUAAAUAAAUAAACCAGUCGUCUCAAAUACUUGUUGGAAUUAGGCAGGGUAAAAAUUGCAAAAAAAAAUUCAAAAUAAUAAUUGAUUUUUAUCUUGAAUUCUUGGAGCUCAGACACCCAUAUUCCAUCUGAACCCAUUUUGUUAUUGAAAUCUAUGGUUUUAGACAUUGUCAUGAAUUUGUUAUUCAGAGAGCCUGAGAACUAGAGAUAUAAAUCACAUUCUGAGAAAAAGUCAAAGGGGGGAAUGAAAAUGUACUUGAACAUUUUCCAUACACCUCAUCAGGAACAAGUAAACAUAUUUGUACAGUAAACGAUCUUCAAAAUGUGCCUGCAGCCGUGUGACACAGGCAGCGUGCCAAAUAACUCAAAAUAGACUGCCUUAGAAGCGAAGGAUUGAUUGCUACUUCAGCAUUCAUUUAUUUGGAGAUCUUAGAUACAUAUUUCCUGAAAGGAAUGGAAAAACUCCCUAGCCGCCAAAUAACUUUUAUCCUCAGUUUCUCGCAAUUAGCUCCAAUUUGCAAAACAAGAAUGAUAAGAGCAAGAGGCUGUGUGUUGGGAAUCAGAAUAGAAAAACAGAAGAGCCCACCGUGGCAGCGUUUCUGGAAAAGCGUUUUGUGUGAAAACCCUUCAAGGUCCUUUGAAGCAAGUGCUGGGAAACAGAGUGACCGGAAAGGUGACUUCCAGGAGAGUGGCUUUAUUUCCAGUUGGGAAACCGAAAUGACUUCCACAUUUAAGGCGAUCCAAUUGAUUUAUUUCAUGUUAUUUACAGAGAUAAGGGGGAUGUAGGAAGGCACCUCCCCAACAAGUCAAUCUACCAGGAGGAUGGGCAGGAUAGAAAAACCAGUAGUUCUUAAAACCAGAACGGGGUGCGUUCUCAAAGUGACUCCUCAAAUAGGGAGAAAGAGAGCGGGAAAGCAGUGGCGAGGAAAUAGAAGCCCAGGACCACCCACCCUUCCCUCUUCCUCCCUGGAUCAGAAGAUGGCCUGCACACUUGCGUCCACCUCGGAAGCCUGGGGUGGGAGUUGGGGGUAUCGGAUGAUGCUGCACUGACGGGGGACACUAGGAGAGGUGGCCAAGUGCCAGUGCGUAGGAAAGGCACUGGGUGUGAGACAUGCAGUUGAGGCCCAGUGCACAGGACUGGUCCCCUCCUCCAGGCCGCUAGGGAGACAUCUCCCCAUCCCUCUCGCUUCUCCCCACCCCCACGGCGCCAGAGGGGCUGUUGGCACCUCAAGAAGGAACUGAGAACAUGCUGCCCUUCCUCGGGCGGAGAGGGGGCCAUCCCCUGCCCUGAGAGUGGGCAGAGGAAUGGAGAUGACAGUUUUAAAGCGGACUGACCAGUAGCCUGGUGGCCUUGAAAUCUCUUUCUUGAAGUAUGCCAUAAAUACAGAUAAGUGCACAAACCCCAAAGCGGACAGCUGGGUGAGUUUUCACCAUGGAGUGCCAGCUCCCAAGAACAAGAAACUGCCCGUUAUCAGCAUGACCCUCACCCCACCCACCUCCAGUCAGUCCCUGCCCCUUCUCAUGGUACUUUCGACUCCGAACGCCCGAAGUGAGUUGGGCCCUUUUGUACUUUAUGGAAAUGGAGUCAUCUGGCACAUCCUCUUCUGUGCAGGGCCGCCUUCAUCAGCGUGAUGUUUGAGAGAUCUGUCCAGGCCGUGUGUACGGAUGGCGUGGGUCUUAGGGGGCUGAGGGGUAACAGAAAGUUACUAGAAACAGGAUGAAAUCGUGGUUAAGGUGCCUGCUUCCCAGCAGGAAAGGGGACACCGCGGCCCGCUUGGAGGCAAGUUUUAGAAAUAAUAAAGCCAUUUCAUGUUGCUGUUCUAAGUUAAUAAUAGCAAGUUGCCAUUUAAAUCCUGGUGUGAAGCAAAUACUUAGAGUACCUUCAGGUGACUCAGUUGGCUGGCUAUUGUUAGAACAAAAGAAUAACAAAGCCACAGCUGUGGGUUUGCUUCUUAGGUUGGUCAGGGCGCUGAGCUGCCAUCCAUGGGGGAAGACCGUCCUUCCAAACUCGGUGCUUGUCCCUCUCCAAGCCUGAUGAGGCGAGAGGGCGACGCGUCUGGCGCACACUUCAUAUUGAAUGGGAUGGAGAUGUGGUCGAAGAAAACCAAGGCUGACUACUGAGGAUUCUGUGCAUUGCUGGGCCGAUCGGUCUCCACUUCAUGAAGCGGCAGCUCAGGGGCGCCUACUGGCCCUGAAAACGUUAAUUGCACAGGGCGUCAACGUGAACCUGGUAACAAUUAACCGGGUCUCUUCUCUCCAUGAGGCGUGCCUGGGAGGCCACGUGGCCUGCGCUAAGGCCCUAUUGGAGAACGGCGCCCACGUCAACGGGGUGACAGUUCACGGAGCCACGCCCCUCUUCAAUGCUUGCUGCAGUGGCAGCGCUGCGUGUGUCAACGUGCUGCUGGAGUUUGGAGCCAAGGCCCAGCUUGAGGUGCACCUGGCUUCACCCAUCCACGAGGCAGUGAAGAGAGGUAAUAGAGAGUGCAUGGAGAUUCUGCUGGCAAAUAACGUUAACAUUGACCAGGAAGUGCCUCACCUUGGAACUCCCCUGUAUGUGGCUUGCACCUAUCAGAGGCUAGACUGUGUGAAGAAGCUUCUAGAAUUAGGAGCCAAUGUUGACCACGGCCAGUGGCUGGACACCCCCCUCCAUGCCGCUGCGAAGCAGGACAGUGUGGAAAUCAUCCACCUGCUGAUAGACUACGGGGCUAGCCUCAAGUGCAAAAACGCUCAGGGCAAGAGUGCACUUGAUCUGGCAGCUCCGAAAAGCGGCGUGCAGCAGGCGCUUCUGCUCCGGGAAGGCCCGCCUGCUCUUUCCCAGCUGUGCCGCCUGUGUGUCCGGAAGUGCUUGGGUCGCACCUGUCAUCAGACCAUCCACAAACUGUAUCUGCCGGAGCCACUGGAAAAAUUCCUCCUAUACCAGUAGUCCCAACUGUCCACGGGAAGAUACUUGGAAAUAAACAGGUUGUUGCCUGCUGUACCCAGGGUACCUAGUAUAGACACCCAACAGCUAGACUCCCUAGUGUAACACCCAACAGCUAGACUCUCAAAUGAGCUAAGCCAGUUAGAGCACAUCCCUGAUGGACUGGCACACGUGGGGAAUGAAAACUCCUGGUUAGUUUAAUGUUCUCUUUAACCAAGGGGCAAUCAGAAACUUUUCUGUUUUUAGCUCUUGCUGUUAAGAAACUUUAAAAAAUUGUGAAGUAAGGUGAAAUUAAUAGGCUGUUUUUCAAGAUUCAUGAUCUUUGAUUAAGGAUCACCAUUCUGAAUAGCGUGUAGACACAUAUAAAUCUGGGUGGGUAAGAUUAGGGUGAAUGUAAGUAUUCGAAGAUGGGUUCCUGAUUUAGUUCUUCCCUUCUUCCCCCUUUCUUUCUUUCCUUCCAUGAAUAAAUCUCUG